AUGGAGGGCUACGACCGCGAGUUCUGGCAGUUCAGCGACACGCUGCGCCUGCAGACGGCCGCCUUCUCGGGCCUCUCCCUCGGCGACUCCAUCUGGUCCCCCGCCACCGCCGACCGGCGCAACAACAACAACGACCUAUUCGCCGCCUCCGCGUCGCCCGCCGACGCCGCCGCCAAGAACAACGGCCUCGUCGGCCUCAAACUCAACGAUGGCGGACCGGGCCUCAUCGGCUCCGGGAAGCUCGCCUUCGGCGGCGGCAAGGCCGACCGCUACAACAACCUCCCCACCACCGAGAAGGCCGCGUCCGUGUACAACAACAACAACGGCGGCGGCUACGCCAAGAACAACAACAACAACGCCCUGGCGUUCAGCAAGAUGGGGAGCUACGGCUACACCAGCAACGGCAACAACAGCAGCGGGGAGGUGAAGAGCUACUUCAACAAGUCCGCCGGGAGGGCGGCGAGCAACAACAGCCACGGGCACGCCGGCGGCAAGAAGGGCGGGGAGUACGGCAAGAAGAAGCACGCCAAGAACGAGGGCAACAACUGGGGUGGCGCGGCGGCCACGGACAAGCGGUUCAAGACGCUGCCGGCGUCGGAGGCGCUGCCGCGGGGCCAGGCCAUCGGUGGGUACAUCUUCGUCUGCAACAACGACACCAUGGACGAGAACCUCAGGAGGGAGCUCUUCGGGCUGCCGUCGAGGUACAGGGACUCGGUGCGGGCCAUCCGCCCAGGGCUGCCUCUUUUCCUCUACAACUACUCCACCCACCAGCUCCACGGCAUCUUCGAGGCCGCGAGCUUCGGCGGGACCAACAUCGACCCGGCGGCGUGGGAGGACAAGAAGUGCCCCGGCGAGUCGCGCUUCCCUGCACAGGUGCGGGUGGCAACGCGGAAGAUCUACGACCCACUGGAGGAGGACGCCUUCCGUCCCAUCCUCCACCACUACGACGGACCCAAGUUCAGGCUGGAGCUCUCCGUCGCCGAGGCCCUCGCCCUCCUCGACAUCUUCGCCGACAAGGACGACGCCUGA